AUGCUUUUCUCCAAACACCCCUCGGGAGCUCCAGAUCAACUCGAACUGCACAAAGCUGCGCUCCUUUACCAUAAACAAAAACAUACUUUGCCACCUAUGCAGCAAGUGCAAAAACCUCCAGUUCAUUCACCUGAAGAAUCUAUACAACAACAAGUGGGUGUAUCAACAGAUACUCAGGUAUCAAUUGGCAAUGUUUUUCAAGAUGGAAUAUCAAGUCUCCCUGUGAUGUAUCUGCCCGACCAUCAUCUUGCUCGACUUCGAGAGUUGAAAAUGCAAAGACUCGAUAAUUUUUCACCUCCAAUUGUUGAAAGACAAGAUACCGAAGAAACUACACGGGUCCAGAGGAUCGAAAACGUUGUAAAAAGGAAUUCAGUUCAAGAAUACCAACCCCUCAAGACCUACAUCAUUGCACAAAGGACAUCAAUGAAAAUUAGCAAUCUCUUUCGAGCACAUUUCCACAAGCCAAACAUUCGUACCUUCUCUAAUCAGCUGUCCGAAAAGCCACCCAAGGCGGAAAUUGAGGAGAAAGCCAUCAUCCACAUCAAAGAAGCAACCAAAGGAGCAACCGAAACCAAACCUAGGCCUCCAGUUCCCACCCAUGAUUCUAACUCACCUUUACCCGCACCCAAAAACUCAUCUACUCUCAAUCUGGCUCCACGGGCUAGUGCGGAGCAGAGUCAUGACUAUUCCGAGAACACCAUCGCAGUGGGAGAAGACAACAAGAACGAGAUUCAAUGUCAUGACUUGGAGUCGAAGGAAAUUGACGCAAGUACCACAAAGGAAAAACAUAAGUUAAAUAUUGGAUCUUCAGAAGCAAAUAAAGUCAAAUUAUACCAGGCGUGGAAGAGAAGAAUAUUAGAUCUAAGUGGUGCAAAAGAGGUUAAUAAUUAG